AUGCGCAUGAUGGGAUUCGGAGGAUUCGGCACGACGCAAGGCAAGCACGUGGAGGAUGAGUUCGCCAACGCGUCGGCGGUGCAAAAGAAGACGAAGCGGCAAGCCAGGCAAUACAUGAAUCGCGUCGGCGGCUUCAAUAGACCUUUGCCCGCGGAAGUCACUGGGCAGCGCCAAAAUAGGACAUAG